AGAAUAAUAUCAGUACUUCCUGGACUAGAGCAUGAGAGUGCAGUGUAGUCAGUACUUCUCGGCAGAGGACACAAAUAUGAAUGGCAGUGGGGAUAUUGACCACAUAUGCACCUCACAGAUGAGGGAAUAGACUUCAGUCAACCUGCUGGGUAUGGGGACAGAGAGUGAGAGUAUGCUGCAGCUUGCAGCGGAGGCUUUCCAGUCGAAAAACUUCGACCUGGCGGCGGAUAUCUACGAGUGCCAGCUAGCGGGUCUCGGAGAUCCAGGGAGCCGACAGGAGCUGAUGGUGAAGCGGGCUGACGCGCUGGCAUUCGGGGGUAAAUUCACCGAAGCUUUCGACGUGUACCGGCAAGCCUCGGAAAUAGACAGACUGAGACCUGCUCAUCUGGUCAACCUCAUAGAGUACCUGUCGGGUAGUAUCAGGAGGCAAGACGGAGGUGACAGUCAGAGCGGCAGCCUGAAGACAUGGGAGGAGGUAGGGGCGGCGGCGGCGGCGGUGGCAGCAGCCUGCCCCGGUACUGAUGCUACAGGUUGCGGGUAUGCUGACUUUUCCUGCCGGAUAUGUCUCAGCUUUCUGUUCGAGCCCGUGACUCUGCCGUGCGGACACUGCUUCUGUAAAAAGUGUCUGGAGAGGGAGAGGAAGGAGAAGGAGCGGCCGGUUAUGUGUAAGGAGUGCAGGGACAGCUCCAGGGUAGCCGACGUCCAGAGCUACAGGGUCAACGUGGUCCUCAGCAGCCUGCUGGCCAAGUGGUUCCCGACCCUGCACCAGACCGGCCGGCUGAGGCGGGAGGGCAACGGACUGUACGCUGAGAGGAAGAUGGAAGCUGCUCUGGAGAAAUACAACCAAGCCAUAUUGAUAGCACCCAUGGACCACAUACUGUUCAGUAAUCGCUCCCAGAUCCACUCCAGUCUUAAACACUAUGAAAAUGCUCUGAGAGAUGCUGAGAUGGCCUGCAGACUUAAACCUCACUGGUCCAAGGGUCAUGUUCGUAAGGCCCAGGCCCUGGUGUCAUUGGGCAGGACGGAGGAAGCACUGAGAGAGUACCUGGUCUGUCUGUCCAUAGAGCCUGACUGUAGACUGGCUAAGACUGAAGCUCACAGGCUCCUCAGUCACCUUCUGGCUCCAGUCACAGAUCAGGUCCCUGAACACAUCUCAGACUACUCUAACAUACUGUCUUCCAGAACUCACAUCAAAAACAGCAUCAGUGCUCCCUUCCAGACUAUUAGUCCCGGCUUGUUGUCAUCAGAGUCCAGUCUUGCCUCCACUACCCCUGCACGGUCAGUGGGCAGAGAGGUCAAAGGUCAGCAGAAAUCUGACAUCAGGAGGCCUGACCACUGUUUCCCCCGCAAACGGAAACGAAGGAGCACAGAGGAGGAGGUGGAGGAGGGGGGGCAGGGCAAUGAUCACAAGAAAUCCAGAUCUGAGCCGGCAGCCGAGACUGAUUCACUGAGCCCUGUGGUCAGUGACGUCUUGGACCCGACAGAUCUGGAAUGUUCUCUGUGUAUGAGGCUGUUCUAUGAGCCAGUGACGACGCCGUGCGGUCACACCUUCUGUCUUCAGUGUCUGGAGAGAUGUCUGGACCACAACCCAAAGUGUCCACUCUGUAAAGAAGAGCUGUCUGAGUACCUGGUCCAGAGGCAGUACUGUAAAACAGUAUUAAUGGAGAACCUGAUAUCUAAGUAUCUUCCCUCUGAGCUCAUGGAAAGACAGAAAAUCCAACAGGAAGAGAUGGCUGAGCUCUCCAACCUUAACAAGAAUGUGCCUAUAUUCGUGUGCACUAUGGCCUUCCCUACUGUGCCGUGUCCUCUCCAUAUCUUCGAGCCCUGCUACAGACUGAUGAUUCGCCGAUGCAUAGAGACAGGCACCAACUGCUUUGGCAUGUGUCUGGGAGACAACCUGAAGGGGUUUGCAGACUACGGCUGCCUGUUGGAGAUUCGUGAUGUGAAGUUCUUCUCCGAUGGCCGCUCAGUGGUGGACACCAUUGGCAGACGGAGGUUUAAAGUCAUUCAGCACAAAGAGAGGGACGGAUACAACACAGCUGAUAUAGAGUACCUGGAGGAUGUUAAGGUGGAGGGUGUAGCAGAGCGAGAGCUGCAGUCUCUGCAUGAUGCAGUGUAUGACCAGGCGCUGGUGUGGGUCAACUCCCUGAAGGCUGAGCAGAAGGAACGCAUUGAAGGACACUUUGGACCCAUGCCUGAGAAAGACUCCGAACUUCAGGCCUGUCCCAACGGUCCGUCAUGGUGUUGGUGGCUACUAGCCGUUCUUCCGUUAGAGGGCCGAGCCCAGCUGCCGUUCCUGGCCCUCACCUCUCUGAAAGAUCGUCUCAGCGGUAUCCGCAAGGUGCUGCUCUUCAUGGCCCAGAGCAAGCACCGGUGACAUGCUCUCCACAAGCAUUUGCCCACCUGGAAAAAAUGCAGUAACCACCCUCCCCUGCACACAACCUGCCCCCAAAAGCAGCAGUUGACCUGUUGUUCUUCCUUUUGAUGCACAAAAAACUGACAUUACAUGUUGUUGCACCUUCCCUGUUGUAGUGCCGUCCAUUUUGAAAAGCAGCGCUGGAUUUCAUCUACGCAUCAACAGCAAACAGAGAUAAAAAACAUCUGAAUAAAUAGAUAUCUUCCAAGCAUAAUGUUCUCUUUACGCCACACAGAAAACCAACCGUGCAGUCCUGCAGACUUAAGCUACAGUCAGACAGGAGGGGAAGCGUCUACAUUUCAGUUAAAACAGAGUCAUCACCCUCCAUUGUAACAUCUGAUCUCACUGUAACAACAAGCUAAGUACAUGUUUCUGUCUACCAACUCUCUGUGUGCAGCAACAAGCUGUUGUGCUGAUAUGUCUUUAUCUAUCCAUGCUCCACUGUUGCCUUUCUGGCUGUCCUCCAUUUUUGUAGUUCUCUGCUCUUCCUCUUGUAUACAUGUUGUGUGUGGAAAAAAAAAACAUCAAAAAAGUUAUCUUACUGCAUUCUUGCAUCCUCAAAAAGAAGAGUAAUUUCUCAAAAAAACUGAGCUGCCUGUCUGAACAUAGCUUUACAGCAAAGAUGAAGCAAAUCCCCCAGAUCGGAAUAAUGCAAAUUCAUCUACUGCAUGUAGCGACUACCACGAAUUCAACCAAUCUCCAUCCUAUUUGUCUUUAAAUGUUCAUGAGAGACCAAACUAUGAAUUUGCCUUUUUGUUUAAAUGCAAUCACUAAAGGUUAGUGAAUAAUGAUAAUAAUACUGAUUAAUUACAGUGAUUGAAAUUUUCAUGUGGGAAAAUAACUCAUUCACUGAUGGAAAUCUCUGUGAAUGGGGCGCCCAUUGUUACGUGUAGACAUUUACAGAUAAACCAGUGUGUUUAUUAUUAUGCCACCUUUACCGUAACUUUAACAAUAAUCUGUCUUCCCAUCAAUUCUGUCUGUCUCAUCCAGCUAAAUAACAAUGGACUGAACCUUUACAUUGGUGUGCUUUAAGGCUUUUGUUCUUCUGUUGUAUUCAUCCAUUUUUUUUUAAUUGUUGCAUUUUUUUUUUCCAUUAUUUAUUUUUGUCAUUAUUUAUGCAUGCAGUGACAUUGUUUACAUUUCACAGAGAGAGAUGCUGAGCUGCUCAUUUCCCAAAAACUUUUUUUUUUUUUUUUUACUUAACAUUUGACCCUCAACAUCAGCAAUAACCACCUGCUAACUCUGGAGCCCCAAAAUUUUAAAUAUCACUCACAAAAUACCACUUUUACAAUCAAGAGAGGUUAACAACAUGGAGCUAACAUGGCUGCCACUGAAAGCUGUGCAGGGCAACCCCUGGAAAUUCAAGUUGAGGGCAGAUUCCCUCCCAGACCUCACCAGUGACCCAAAUCUCUGUAGUAUUUUUACUGGCCUGCCAUAAUCCCAGCUAUGUUGACUUAAACAUAUUUGGAUUCCCCCGCUGUCAGCAGCCUCUCUGUGGCUGAGAUAUUUGUAAAGCUCGCAAUGCAGUAAGAAGUCCUAACCAAAAUCUGGAUUUCUGAUACCAUUAUCUCCUAAGUGUAUUUAUUCAGUAUUUAUUCUGACUUAUUUUGCACUUCUACUUUACGUAAGGGAAAGAAACAGACAGGUGUAUUUAUUUCCACCAUAGCAAGAGUCAGAAUUCUAAUGUGUUUGGAUUACCAUACAAUUAAGUUAAAUCUUCUGUUUGUUAAAUUGGUCCCUAAGUGAAUGGGCAUUCACAUAACUGCUAAAGAUCUCCAUUCAUUUGAGUAUGGCUGAUGCAAUUAGUAAGGGCUAGUGCCUUCAAUCCACAGAAAAAUAUGGUGUGGAGGUAUUUAACAUGUAAAUUAUCGACAUACCAGGUUCAUUUUAAGGUUCAUUUUAUUUUACUAAAUUCAAACCAUGAUUUUCACAGAGAGGAAGUAACCAUAAAUGGAUCAAAAGCAAAGGAAACACAUUUUAAGAAUACCCACCAACAUAUUUUUGAGAAAAUAUAUGUUCUUCAAAAAAUAUUGAGGCCUUGCUGAUGUCUGUGACAUGACUGUUUUUACAUGGCAAAAGCUUCAUGUCUCUGAAAAAUGCAGGAGACUGUUGGGCUUUGCCUUCAACAACUUUUAUUUUAUAUACGUGUGUUUGAUUUUACAUGUUUCUAUGUCAAUCAGGUUCUUUGUAUUAAUUUUCUUCGCUUACUGGUGUAUUUGUCUCUCCUUAUUUCAUAUGUAAUAAUACAGGGAGUGUCGUGUCAGAUCAUCCACAUUUAUGAUUUUGUCUUGAAAGGGCCAAAGCCAGGUAAUGCUGAAAAAUGGAGGACUGAUUAAGUAUAAUAUCUUUGAACAUUUUCCCACAAUAAUUUGUUGAUAUAUCACAGAAUCAAACAGCAACACUAUAUAAAGUACUAUGUAUAUGUUGCAUUACAGUGUAUUGUGUAACGACCCAAAUGUGCAAAUACUGAGGAAACCACCAUGUAUAAUAAUACUGUAAUGUUUGCUAAUAUUGUAACUAAUAACCAAUAAGACUUUAUAAUUUGUCAGCUCAAACUGGGCAGGAAAGGGAAAAGCCAUGAAUCAAAUGUAAUCACACUUCCAGUAUGAAAGCAUAUCACACAGAUAUUUCAAAUGAUUUCUUGAUGUGGUAGCAGCAAAGGUAGAGGUAGCAGUGAAGGGAAAAUACACCUAAAAUAAAAUCACAUAUGC